AUGGAGCAAUCGAUUGGCCCUGAAGUGCUUUCGGACCGGCCGGCCAUCGUUCCGGUACGGAAUACACUCGAAGGACGUUAUACGGCCCUCAUUCCCACCCAGCCUGAAGACGCGAAGCCCCUAUACAAACACCUUGGAGGAGAGGAAAACGCUCACCUCUGGACAUACCUAUUCCAAGAACCGUUUCUCGAAUAUGGAAAGUUUGAGGCUCAUAUAGCAAACUGCAGCACCUCCAAGGACCCUUUGUUCUUCACCGUCAUGUCAGGCCCGAUAUCAGACUCUACGGCUGAGCCACUUGGGUUCAUGACCCUCAUGUCGAUCGUGCCCGAACACAGGCGCAUUGAGAUUGGCUCCAUCUGCUUCGGGGAAAAGCUUAAACGAACUCGACAAGCAACAGAGACUUUCUACCUCCUCAUGAAGGAGGCUUUCGACAACCUUGGUUAUCAUAGAGUCGAAUGGAAAGCCAACAAUCUCAACAAGCCGAGUCUAGCGGCCGCAGAACGACUUGGAUUUGUAUUCGAGGGUAUCUUUCGGAAACACAUGAUCAUCAAGGGCAGGCUCAGAGAUACGGCCUGGUUAAGCAUUACAGAUGAAGAGUGGCCUGUUGUCAAGGGUGGAUUAGAGACCUGGUUGAGUGAGGAGAACUUUGAUGAGCAAGGCAAGCAGAGAAGGACUCUAAAGCAGUGCAGAGAGGAUUUUCAAUCAGGAAGGAUUUGA